AGUAGUGCUACUUAAGGUCUUAAGGUCUGGUCUACUCUUUCAUAUGGAUAAUUCUCGUUAACCUACAAACAAGAACCCUUCUCGCUUCAUUUCGAAUUCUAUUGGAUUUUUUCAUAGACUGCAUAUUUAACGAAAUUAAUCAUAAGUGAAAAAGAAAGGAAUAAUCAACAAACUCGCAGACGUCUUUGGUUCAAAAUUUGCCUCAAGACAAACAACUCACCAAAACCAAGUAGGAUUUGGCUCAGGGUUUCUUCCGUCUCAAUUUUUCUACUCUUUUACUCAGCGUUUUGUUCGAUACUGGCGAUUUGAACUUUAAUCCCCAUCUCUUUUGCCUAUUUAUUUAUCUAUUUGAAAAAGGGACUAUAAGGAACAAUUAAAAAUUUAAUGGAACAACAAAAAGAAUUUAUCUAUGAUAAGCCGCCACCACCUCCUGGAAGUGUGCAUUCCUCUGGAAAUUCUUCAGACCUGUCCAGCGGAAAUGUUGGUGACGGGGUGAACCAAACACGAAAGAGAAAUCAUCCUUCUGCAAACUCAAGGCCCCCAAAAAGAGCUCGGGGAGGACGUAAUUUCCGGGGUGGGUUUUCUCAUGGACAACGUGGAGGGGGAGAGAAUAUAGUUGAUGGCAUUGAGUAUUUGCGCAAAAGAAAUAUCUCCUUGAACACACCCGAAGAAAUAGAAUCUUGGAUUCAUGAGCGGAAAAAGAAUUGGCCUACAAAUAAAAAUGUAACUUUGAAGAAGGAGAAAACCAUUAAUGAAAACAAAGACAAGCAAAACGCUAAAGAUGGUUCUCAAGCUUCAACUCCAAAUGAACCUGUAAAGCGUCAGGUUUCCUAUUCUUCCAAGUUGCCUUUUUCAGCCCAAAAGAAGCAAAACUUAUACUCAAAGCUCGUAAAUAAUCAGGUGGAGCAGGAAAAUAUCUUUCUUCUCCAAUUCUUUAAAGCCUUAACUGAACAAUCAACAACGCCUUUGUAAUUCUAUUAUUCCAAUAGAUUCCUUUUCUUUAUUUUCGUUUUGUUUUAAAGUCAUAUUUUUGGGUUCUGGUUUUUGUAUUUAAU